AGUGUGGUCUUUACUGUUUUUAAGUUUAAACCUGAAAUGAGCAGUUCUCCUGGUUUAUACUUCCAUAUUGGCAAAAAAGCCAGAGAUCUUCUUUACAAGGGUUAUGCUCAACAACCACCAUUUCACUUCAGUUACCAAUGGGUCGACUGGAAUGUUGAUCUCUCCUGUCAGAUGGAAAGUAUUGUGCCUGGACUGCAAACGGCUUUAAGAUUUACCAUUCCUGAUUCUGGAAAGGUGGAACUACGAUUCUUGCACGACUAUGUUGGGAUUACUGCAGGCUCUGGAUUGAAGAUGAGCAACCACCACUCUAUAGGAAAUGAACCCUCUAUAGGACUCGACCCUGUCGUUAAUUUUUCAGGUGUAAUUGGAACCGAUUUAGUCUCCCUUGGGACUGAUAUCGCCUUUGACAUGUCAGCAAGCACAUUCAACAAAAUCAAUGCCGGUUUAACCUUCAAUAGUCCUUUCCUUGUUGCUUCAUUGACCUUGAAUGAUAAACUUGACACUUUAAAAGCCUCCUAUUACCAACCACUGAACCCCCUGUCCAGGAGUGCCAUUGCUGCGGAAUUGAAGCAUAGUUUUUUUAUUGAAAGGACGACCAUCUUGACAGUUGGUGGCCAGCAUGAACUGUUUCCUUCUACAUUGGUGAAGGCUCGUAUGGACAGUAACGGCAAGGUGGGUGCUCUUAUUCAGCAAGGUUUCUGGCAAAAGUUCUUCCUAUCUAUUGCUGGAGAAUUUGAUUUUAAGGACAACGACAGGAGGCGUCCCAAGAUCGGUCUUUCUGCGGCUCUCGCGCCUUAAAGUAAUAUAAUAUUAUAGAAGAUGUUUUCAUGUUCAGAAGACACUAAUAACAACAGCAUCUAAUGAUUGUAAUUUUACUGGUGCGAUAGUUAUAAGAGUAAAACUACAAUUACAAAAAAA